AUGCCUCUGAAAGCUAUAGAUAGUUCUGAUUAUUGCAUUGAAAAAUUGGCACGUAAUGUUGCGGUGACCGCACAGGACCACCAUCGUCUAGCACCAUUCAACCCAACGAGCGAACAAGCUCAAUUGGCUAUUCUGCAAAUUUUGGAUCUACAUCACGACGACGUCUUAUUCGACUUAGGCUGUGGUGAUGCCCGGCUGCUUCUCGCUGCUGUUCAGAUGGUACCUGGCCUCCAGUGCGUGGGAAUCGAAAUGGAUCUCAAGUUUACAACUCGAGCUUGGAACGCAAUAUCGUCACAACCUCUAUCGACUCAAAAUCGAAUCAAUAUUCGUUUCGGCGACGUGCUUAAAGUCGGAUAUGCAGAGAAGGAUGGACGUAAAAGUCUACCGUCUAGCGAAACUUUGACUUUGCUUGACGACUCUACAGCAAUCUAUCUUUUUCUUGUCCCUAAAGGACUACUGAAAAUUCAACCUCUUCUGGAUAAAGUAGUCCAGCGACGAAUCGAAGCAAAGAGGUCCAUUCGAAUCGUGGCUUACAUGUUUCGGAUACAUAGUUGGGAUCCAAUCUCAGUGGACAGGACUACCAAAGGUGAUGUUCCAAUAUAUGUCUAUAAAUUCUAA